AACGCUUCAACGUGUCAAACCAUUACAUCCUCUCUCACACAUUCACACGCACCAACUCCAAGUCCUCUGUUUUGGAUCUUGAAGAGAAAAUGGCAAGCAACGACGUGAAGCUGAUCGGUGCAUGGGCGAGUCCCUUUGUGAUGAGGCCGAGGAUUGCUCUUAACCUCAAGUCUGUCCCUUACGAGUUCCUUCAAGAGACGUUUGGGUCUAAGAGCGAGUUGCUUCUUAAAUCAAACCCGGUUCACAAGAAGAUUCCGGUUCUGCUUCAUGCUGAUAAACCGGUGUGUGAGUCUAACAUCAUCGUCGAGUAUAUCGAUGACACUUGGAGCUCAUCUGGACCGUCCCUUCUCCCUUCCGAUCCUUACGACCGGGCAAUGGCUCGGUUCUGGGCUGCUUACAUUGACGAAAAGUGGUUUGUCGUUCUAAGAAGUUUCCUAAAAGCCGGAGGAGAAGAAGAGAAGAAAGCUGUGAUAGCUCAACUAGAAGAAGGGAAUGCGUUUCUGGAAAAGGCCUUCAUCGAUUGCAGCAAAGGAAAACCUUUCUUCAACGGUGACAACAUCGGUUACCUAGAUAUUGCUCUCGGGUGCUUCUUGGCUUGGUUGAGAGUCACCGAGUUAGCAGCCAGCCAUAAAAUUCUUGAUGAGGCCAAGACACCUUCUUUGUCCAAAUGGGCUGAGAAUUUCUGUAAUGAUCCCGCUUGGUUUAUCUCUCUGAGAAGUAUCCUAACAGCUCAAGGAGAAGAGGAGAAGAAUGCAGCCAUAGCUCAAGUCGAAGAAAGGACCAAGCUUCUGGAGAAAGCAUUCAACGAUUGCAGCAAAGGAAAACCGUUCUUCAACGGUGACCAUAUCGGUUACCUGGACAUUGCCCUCGGAAGUUUCUUGGGUUGGUGGAGAGUUGUGGAGUUGGAUGCCAAUCAUAAAUUUCUUGAUGAGACCAAGACUCCUUCUCUAGCCAAAUGGGCAGAGCGGUUCUGUGAUGACCCAGCUGUGAAACCUAUUAUGCCCGAGAUUACAAAGCUCGCUGAAUUCGCAAGGAAGCUCUUUCCUAAGCCGCAAGCAUAAAAUGGUUUAGUAGGAUGUAAGUUAUGUUUUAUUAGUCCAAUGGAUUAAGCACAGCCAUAAUUAUUUAUGUCUUUUGCAUAUUCAUUCAUAAUCUUUGAGUUGUGAUCCGUAUUACCUCAGAUCAAAUUUUACAUGAGUGUACCAAACAUAUAAAAAUGGAUAAUUAAA